UAUUACUUGCCUAUAUCGGUGGAUACGGCGCGCGCGACGGACGUUGCUACCACUUUUUUUUCUUUUGUUAUUUAUUCAUCGUUAUAAUUUUUUUAAUAACAUAAUCAGUGACUUUUUUGGAUUCGCGUGCGAGUGUCUGUGACUGGGUGGACAGUUUUUUUUUUAAAUGAAGUGACGAAAUAAUUUUCGGUCAUUACUUUUGAAGUGAACAUGUGUUCUGUGCUGUAUUUAUUGUUAUUCGAAUGGAUUGCUACUGCUCCGAUAUAGUUUGACAUCUGAUGACCCGACAAAUCAAGAUAAAUACACAAUGGAAUGAGAAUAAAAAGAUUUCUGGUACAAAAGAAAAAAUGAGACAACCACACAACGCAAUUUCUAAACUUGAUGAAACAGACAAGGUCAAACUUUAGAAAGAUGAUAAUGAAAAAAAAGAUGCACAUAAUACGCCUCGAACUGACUUGACGUCUGUGGUACAUAUUUAAGAGACAUGACAUGUUAAAAGUGAAAACGAUUUUACAGACAUUUGUGUUGAAGAAGUAGAAGAGAGAGUGUUAAAGAAUGACGAUGAAGAGAAGUGUAGUGAUGGUGGUGUCUUUGUGAGUUUAAAGAAUGCCUGAUCGGGAUUCUGUGGGGGCUGGUACGGCUGGCAGUGGAGGUUUCCUGCCUCUUCAGUUUCCUUCAGCUUUCGCCGCGUUCCACGCUUCGACCCCUCCAGGGGCCCAGGCGACUGCUAUGCAUCACGCCACUCACUAUCAUCAUCAUGCUCAGCUAGCGGCAGCAGCGGCGGCGGCUGCAGGGGCCACCAGUGAGCUGAGCUACCUCGCAGCCCUACACCCUGCAUACCGACCAGUUCCUUACGACCAUCCCUUGUACGGGACUAACACUUUACGAGGGUUAGAGUAUUUAAGUGCUGCGAGAAGUCUCCAUCCAGAACUUCAUGCUGGCAGCACACUUGCGAGUCAGGAUUUCCAACUUAGUUUAGAAGGAUCAAGAAUAGCCUCUCCAACCCGCUUAAGGUUAUCAGGUGGUGCAAUAGGAGCAUCUGCCAAUCGCAAGCGGGCGGUCUCUUGGAGUCCUUAUUCUGCUGAAUCCUUGGACCUCGCUGCCGUCAUCAGGGCGUCUCCUGCUAGUUUGGCUGUGAGAGCACCCUCGGCUGCAUCCACUGGGAGCUAUGGCCAUCUUAGUGCUGGAGCAAUAUCCCCAGCGCUGUCCCUCUCGCAUGCGUCUCUCGCACAGCAGCUGUUAGCGCGGGGGGGCGUAGUAGGGGGAAGCGGCGUGUUGACGGGGGGGAUGCUGUUAGACCCCGCGCAUCAACAGGCUGCGGCCGCGGCCGCGCAUCACGCCGCACAUGCGCAUCUGGUUGCUGGUAUUCAUAGAUCUCACAUAUCCUCACCUACCCAACUCCUGAUGGGUGCUCCGGUAGAUGUUAGACCUGGUCUUGGUCUUGAUGGCACUCCACCAUCUCACCUGCAGCCGCCACCCCAACAGCCUGAAGUUACGAGCAUCAUGGAAGCUGAUAGCGCAUCAACAGCGAUGACCCAACGCAAGUCCCCACAGAGCUUGAUGUCUCGAGACAACAUGCACAGCAACAAACCGCUAUCUGCAGCAGCUGAGAGCACCGUCCAUGACGGGCUGGACUCCAAGGAUGAACCAGGAGACUUCAUUGAGACCAAUUGUCAUUGGGUUGACUGCAAACUAGAAUUCCCAACCCAAGACGACCUAGUGAAGCACAUCAACACAGACCACAUCCAUGCCAGUAAGAAAGCCUUCGUCUGCCGCUGGGUCGGAUGUUCCAGGGAUGAAAAGCCUUUCAAAGCCCAGUACAUGCUCGUCGUCCAUAUGAGAAGACAUACUGGCGAGAAACCUCAUAAGUGUACUUUUGAAGGUUGCUGCAAAGCCUACUCCCGCCUGGAAAACUUGAAGACUCAUCUCCGCAGUCACACAGGGGAGAAACCGUACACCUGCGAAUACCCUGGUUGUGCUAAGGCUUUCUCCAACGCCAGUGAUCGCGCUAAACAUCAGAAUCGGACACAUAGUAAUGAGAAACCGUACGUGUGUAAGGCUCCUGGUUGCACGAAGAGGUACACAGACCCGUCGUCUCUAAGGAAACACGUUAAGACUGUUCAUGGCGCUGAAUUUUACGCUAGCAAGAAACAUAAGGGUUGCAGUAGAGGCGACGAUUCAGCAGAAUCCGGUGGAGGUGGCGCUGGAUCGUCACCUCGCUCGGAGGAAGGUGGAGUGCCGACUGGAGUCAGAGGUCAUACGUCAUCUGCCUCCGUCAAGAGCGAGAGUCCAGCCUCGCCAAUACCACAUGGGCUGCAUACUCCGGCUCAUCAGUUGGCGCAGUGUGGUGGCGAACUCAACUUCGGUGGUUCAGAUCUUGGAGGGUUUAGUGACGAAAAUGGCGCUCCUUACUUUAGGCUAGAUGGAGAUGUGGAACAGGAAGUAGUGGGCGAGGUGGGUCAGCUGCCUCUGAUGCUUCGAGCGAUGGUGGCGAUAGGCGAGCCGCGUGCUCAUCACCACACGCCGCGCUUCGGAAACAAGAUGGGAGUCGGACGACUGAUGCCGCCUUCUCAUGCUGCGGAUUUGGGAGGAGGUGGUGCAAUGCCAGGAAGAACGGAACUGGGCAACACGAGUGUGGCGGUGGAACUGAAGACAGGUCUGCCAAACACGAGACGAGACUCCGGGAUAUCGUCGGGGAGCAGUCUAUAUAGUGCUAGAUCAUCAGACAUUUCCCGGAAGAGCAGUCAGGCAUCAGUGGUGUCAGGAGCGGUAGCCACGACCACGGGUGUCGCCGGGCCGCAGAGACUAGUCUCCCAACAUACCACCGUCUAUGAUCAGCUCUCACCCGAUAGCAGUCGAAGAUCUAGUCAAGUAUCAUGUGUGGGGUACGCUCCAGCUCCAUCAUCAGCUCUAGCUGCCGUGCAAGCUGUCAGAACAUCUCAAGGCAAUCAGGCGGUUCUACUUCGAGGAGUGACCUGCUCAGAAGUAAGAGCCGAGGAGUUGGCGUUAGAGCUGGACCCCACCGUGCAGGUAAAGGAGGAAGCCCGGAGACUGUCGGAGCAGUCCAACUUGAGCGACCAGACGCAGAGCUACCAGCCGUAUCCAUGUGGCACUGAUGAUGUGGGCGACGCACCUUUCCCGUUCAAGACAGAAGAUGACCACGACUCGACGACAUACAAGGACUCGCGGUCCAACUCCACUGGCACUGUGCUCAUCACCACUGCGCAGGUCCACCACCCCAACCAAGAAGUCAAUCUUGAACAGGUCGCGGAAGGAGAAAUGGUGGAGAACAAGCUGGUGAUACCAGAUGAAAUGAUGCAAUAUCUUAACCAAUCAAUAUUGGGAACCGAAUCGGUAGCACCAGCUCCCACCGACUCCACUAACCCCGAACCUGAAUCUAAAGACACUGACAGUGCAACCAAAGAAGCCGAUGAACCACAAACUAACAAUUCCAGUGAUAAAAUCAGUGACGUAGCGACCAGUGACGAUUCUCUACUCAAAAACCUAGGUGCCAUAGGAAGUGAUCUCAAUAUAAGUGAUAUUCCAGUCGAUUUAAGGUCGUUAGACGUUAGUAUGUCAGGGAAUAGUGGCUCGCUUCUAGCUGCUAAGUCACCUGACGACAAGAACCCUCCGCUGCAAGAGCAAGUCAUCCCUGAAGUGAACACUGAGAAUUGUGAAAAGGUUUCUAAGCCACAGGCUAAUAACGUCCCAGCGAAUAAUCCAUUGCAGUCAUUACAGACAAUGGCAGCUAAUCAGACUGAACAAUCGAAUAGAAUGAGAGUGAACAAUCCUCUACCUCAAAAACAGACUCCUGCGGUGAGUCCAAAAACGAUGGUCAUGAGUCCUCAAAGCUUGGCCCAUAGCAUGUUAAGUCCUCAAAGUCUUCCUCACAGUGCUAUGAGCCCACAAAGUGUAAUGAGUCCUCAUAACAUGCCGCAUAGCGUUAUGAGUCCACCGAGCGUUUAUAAUGUUAUGAGCCCGCAAAGUGUGAUGAGCGUUAUGUCUCCUCAACACAACGCAAUGAGCCCACAAAGCAUGCAAAGUCUGAUGAGUCCACAGAUGCCGAAUCAGAUUAUGAUGAGUCCUAGACACAACAACAUUGGAAGCCCAAUGUCUCAAAACAUGGCCAGUCCUAUGGUUAAUAUGGCGAGUCCCAUGGCUCAGAAUAUUAACAGUCCAAUGAGCCAUGGAAUGCCGAGUCCCAUGCAUCCUGGUCUUCAGAGUCCGAUGGCUCAAGGCAUGACAAGUCCCAUGGUGCAAAACAUGCCAAACCUAGCUAUGAACCCGCCGAUGAAUCCUCAAAAUCAGAUGACAAAUCCAAACCAGAAUAUGAUAAUGAAUAUGAAUCAACAACCUCAAAUGCCUGUUAUGAAUCAGCCACAAAUGGCAACAGUCCCUCCAAACUACAUGAAUAAUAGGCAGAAUUGUAAUCCGAAAAUGCCUAAUAAGAAUUUUAAUAACGUUCCUAAUCAAUUCCAGAAUCAGAACUUUAAUCAACCACCAAACUACCCAAUCCAGAAUCCACCGAUGAACCAGCAAAACGUGAUGAGGAGUCAAAACAUGCAACAAUACCAAAUGAUGCAACAGUUUAAUCAGAAUCAAAUGCCUAUGCCAAAUCAGAACAUGAAUUUCAAUCAGAUGAACAACCAAGUCAUCUACCCUCAAAAUUACCAGCAAAACCCCAUGCAUCCAAUGCAGAUGUCUAGAUCAUCAGUGAUGAGCGUUGAUAACAGUGGAAACAUGACUCGAGGGGCGAUGAACAGUUACUGUGAACAGAACCAACCUCCGAUGCAAAAUAUGCAACAAAAUCAGUACAGUCAAAACAUGCAGUACCCUCAACCACCUCCGUACAGUUCUGUAGUAAACAAUGCAAGCGUUAUGGGCCCGCCUCCUCCAAAGAACAACCACCAAUACAACCAAACAAUGAUGAAUAAUAACCAGUAUUAUAAUCAUCAACGACCUUACAACCAGUGGGAUUAUCCAGGCAACCAGUUCAACAAACACAACAUGCAGAAAUCGGUUCAGAAUUCAGUGAACAUGUCUACUGGUAGCCAGAAACCUAAUGGAGUGAGGGUUAAUUGCAACCAGAUAAAGGACCAACAGACAGAUUGUAGUAUGAAUAGUUUGAGGAGUAACAACCAAGCCGAUGUCCAAGUGUGGGACAUAUCUCAAUCUCAGAUAGAAGCAAGUAAUGGAAGAAAGAAGAAUCAGACAAACAAUACAAUGCGACAAGAAACGUACCAAAGAACUCUUGAGUACGUGGAAAACUGUGAAAACUGGAAGAGUUCUGAAAUGGUGUCUAGUACCACUCACCCAAUCCAAGGUGGUGACAAUAUGGUUGUGAACGAUCUCCAAACAUCCCUAUCUUCGUUUUAUGAAGAGAAUCAAUACCUCCAAAUGAUUCAGUAGUCCUGCAUUCAGAAUACUCUUCACAUUAUUAUAAGUUUUGUUUCGAUUUUACAUGACUGUGCGUUUAAUUUUGUUAAUUUCAAUUUUAUUGAUCUUCUGACAAAUUGUACGAUAAUACAAAAAUAUUUGAAUUAUUAUGAUUGAAAAUUGUAAUAGUUAUAAUUCAGAUAAAUUUUCAUAAUUUUGUUUUAUGUAGUUGUGAAAUAUCAAAACAUUAUUUGCGUUUAUCAUCUUUCUAUUUUUUAUUUUUAACAAAGAAAUUAAUUGCGCGCAUGUUCCGUUCAAUAACUGUCACAAGAAUUUAAACUACAUAAAUGAAAAUAUAUUUAAGUGAUUAAUUUAGGAAUCACAAGAGUCGUUGGUUGUUAUUUAAUGGUGCAAAAUGGUUGUCAAUCUUUUGUCUUAGACUGAUUAAUUGUAAAACUAAUUCUAAAAUUCUAAAUUAAGUCUGCUAAGAAUUUUAAAGUACAUUUUUGUUAUCAUUUUGAGUGAAAAAGACACGUCAUUGUACAUAUUGUAAUGUCUUCCAAGUAAAUUUAAGUACAAUAAUUAAAAUGCAUUUACAUUUUACAUUUUAAUUGCAUUAAAAGUCUAUGUACAUACAUUGUUGUACAUAACAUAACUUUACAAGGGAAAAACAGUGCCUUAAAUUUUAAAAUAAAAUUUUGUAAUACAAUUUUAAUUUUUAAUUGUAAUUUGUGAAUCUUUUAAUCUAUUUUAUUAAUUAAAUAUACAUUUUAAGUGACAUUUGAGAUUAUUAGACAUUUAGAAUUGUACAAAUGGAUACAUUUUUUUCUAGAAUUUUUACAGUAACGUUAAAAAUUUUAGACUUUAGAGUAAUUACUUAAAUAAGUAAGUAUAUUUUUAUAUUAAAAUUGUAGUUUGUAAAAUAAUUUACAGCAAUAUAUUAACGAUUUCUUUAAUUUAGACAACGAAUCUCUUAGUUUAAGUGCUGAUUAUGAGAUUACUAGUAUUUAGUUACUUAACGAUUUGUUAAUUUGUUUAUUAUUUAAAUUACGAGUAAAUAACAACGCACAAAUGAAUGUAAUAGAACAAGGAUUUUGUAUUUUGUAAUAAAUUAUUGUUUUUUACUGUUUAAACUACAAAC